GCCACGGGCAACGGUAACAUGGCGGAGGUCGAGGCUGAGCAGGCGGCGGUUGUCGAGGUUUGCCAGGCGCUUGGCCGCCACCUCAACUGCCUGGGAAGCGAGAACAAGAGCUCCAGGCGCCGGGCGCUCGAGUGCAUCCGUGCGGAGGCGGUGGAGAGGCGGCUGUCGAGCGGCGUGAGGCAAGGCGUGAUGUCGGCGCUGCUCAGGCCUCUGCUCGGGGCCUGCGGCGACCCGGCCGAGCGCUGCCGGGAGCUCGCCAUCUGCAUCCUGGCCGAGCUGCUGCGCGACGCCCCGCGGCCCCACACCGCGCUGCCUCACCUCAUGCCCGCUGCCGUGCAGCGCCUCGGCCAGCCCCACAUCACCGAGCCGGCCGAGGAGCUGCGCCUGGCCCUGGUCGAGCUGCUACUGAUGGUGGUCGACCUCUGCGGCGCCAAGCUGGCCUCUUACCUGGACGACAUGGUCAAGAUUCUCCAGAGGACCAUCGUCGACCCCUUCCCCGACGUGAAGAAGAAGAGCUGCGAGUGUGCUGCCAAGUAUGCAAAAUUGACCCCUGAAACUUUUCACAUGCAGUCUGAAUCUCUGAUAAAGCCAUUGAUGCAGACCAUCUCCUACCAGCAUUCGAAGGUCCGGGUGGCAGUCGUGCGGGCAACAGGGACAGUCAUUCAGUAUGGCAACGGAAAGUCUGUUGAUGAUGUUCUCUCUCAUUUGGCACAGCGUCUCUUUGAUGAUGCACCACUGGUACGGCAAGCUGUUACAGAAGUGGUGGGAUGCUGGCUAUUGGACCUCCGGGAUCGUUACUCUUUCUUCCACAAACUUAUCCCUCUUUUGCUGAGCAGUUGCAGCGAUGAGAUAGCUCAAAUCAGGGAGCUGGCCUCUGAUUACUGGAGGAAAGUUGGACUCCAGUGGCAACAGGAGAAUGAGGAGGAUCUUAAGGAUAAGCUUGACUGGUCGGCUGAACUCUCUGUUCACUACCCUGUUGGUGCGGAACGGCCUGGACUUGGGUGCCGGGAGUUGAUGUUUCGGAACUUAUUCAAAAUUUUGCCAGCAGUCAGUCGAGACAUUACCGACUGGGUUCCAGCAACCCGCGUCAAAGCAUCAGACCUCCUGAUCAUGCUGCUGUUCCAUGCUGAGGACCACAUCACCCAGCACAUGGAGCUGCUGCUCAGCACCUUGUACCGAUCUUGUUCAGAUGAGGAGAAAACUGUGGUUCAAAACUCUGUGAAAGCAGCAGAGCUGAUUGGAAACUUUGUGGAACCGGAGGUGUCUUUGAAAUUGAUUCUGACGGCGAUCGAGAAAUCUGCUUGCACCGCUCAUCUUAUGGUGUUGGGCGCAGUCAUACGGGGCAGCUCAGCACAGGCUCUACAUCCACAUCUGGUUACAAUCGGAGCAGCUCUGGCACUUCCUGACACAUGUCAAGUAUCUGCAAAGGUGGAAUACUUGGAACAAUUGCUUCUGUGUGUACAGAUCUUAAUUACAGUAUGUGGCAGACAAUGUAGUGAAAUCAAUCUGCCACUUCUUAAAGUGCUGGUGACAAUUCUCUCCAUGACAUCUGACCGAGAGCUGGAAAACAAGGUAGAGAAGACCGUAGCUUCACUUGCUGCAGCAGAGGACUUUGAAAACUCUUUGGGCCUUUAUAGACUACAUAUAAGGCAACUGAUUGAAUGGGUGGCUAACACUCAGCAUGAGUGGACUAAAUACUCUGUACAGCACCUGCAAUUUGAAACAAUUAUCACUCAGUCAGGACCAGUCCUUGGAGAUUCGCUUGAUGUAGUUUUUCCAGUUUUGAUAAACUGCUUUCAGCCCGGCAAAGAUCCUGAGGUGCGCCUCAAACUCUUCACAGUUUUAUCAAAAUUACUGCUGAAUGCCAACGAAACUCUGAAUUCUCGAGGGCGGUUCAGUAGCUACCUGGAGACGCUUGUAAGAGAUAUUUUGGUGCCUAAUCUUCUGUGGCACGCUGGGAGGACGGCAGCUGCGAUCCGCACAACUGCCGUAUCGUGUCUGUGGGCUCUACUGCACAGCAAGAUGAUUACGCCGGAACAGGCCCUUGGAUUGUAUGAAGACUUGAUGCCAAAAGUGAUUGCAGCACUGGAUGAAGAUUCCAAAAUGACUCGAUUACUGGCUUGUCGAGCCAUUGGUGCCAUUUUUAAAAUUUGUGGGAACCAGUUGGAUCCUGACCAGCUAAAUAAAUUGUAUCCAGAGCUGCUAAAACGGUUGGACGAUAGUUUGGAUGACGUACGUAUAGCAGCUGGCAGAGCUUUGAGUAUUUGGUUCCAGUGUGUUGGGAAUGAUUAUGACAGGUUACACUACAAGAGCCACAUUGAGUUCCUCUAUCGUGGGCUGUUGGUGCAUCUAGAUGAUCCAGAGAGUGGGAUCCAAAAAGUAUUUCUUGAUGUUCUAAAAGUGGGGAGUUCGCUUUCGCCUGCCCUGCUGACGCAGGAGAUCGAGGCUGUGAAGCACAAACACCGCAGCCCUUAUUACUGUGAGCAGCUGCUGAGGCACAUUCAGGAACCCAGUGGGGUCACCAGCUAAGUCCGCAGCCCGAUGUUCCAGCUGAAGAUACGAAGCACGUCGGGAGUCAAGUCACUGAGGAAAACAUGCACCUGGUAUUUAUAGAACACGGAUGAAAGGGGUAAACCAUGAACAUGAAGAUAAUGGUAGAUAUUCCAAUAUUAAAAUAUCAGACGAUAGGAUUGUGUUGAUGGAUAUCUAAAGUUAGCGUUGAGUUGUAAUUUCUUAUUGGAUUAAUUUAAAGUCAGACAGUCAUUAAUUGAACAUUAAUUUGCCUUUACAUUUAGACAACAGUGCCAUUAUAUUAAGUCAGCAGUGCCUCGUUGCACUGAGAUUCUAAACUCCAAAGAAGCUGUUCCAGCUUUGUUUCUCUGUGGUAUGAGAUAGAGGCGUUUGAAAGGGCACUUGAAGAAGAGGAAUGUGCUGUUUUUGUAUGACUUCUGAAUCGGUCCUGAGCAUCCAAGACUGGAAAAUAAUGUUGUUCUAGAAGCAGCACAGUAUUAUUCCCAAGAUAGACACAAAGUGCUGGAGUAAGUCAGUAAGACAGCAUCUCUGGAGAAAAGGAGUAGGUGACUUUGGCAGUCUUUUUCUGCAAAGAUGCUGUCUGACCUGCUGAGCCACUCCAGCUCUUUUGUGUCUAUCUUCGUUAUAAACCAGCAUCUACAGUUCCUUCCUGCACAGAAGUAUUCCCUUGUGCACCCUUUCGUCCAAAGGUAUAAACUGCUUCCAACACGUGCAGAUCUGAUUACUGAUGCCCAGUCAUUUUUUGCAGUGUUUCCAUAUUUCUAAAUCUGAUGCCUUUUAUUAAUCUGUUCUAUUUUGGCUCAAGAGGAGGAAAAGAAAGGUUAAUAUAUUAUUUUUGCCUUUUUGGUUUGAAGUAAAAUAUUUUUCCUCAAGAAGUUGAUAUGUUCUGUGAUUUUUGUAUCUGUGUUUAGAAUGAUAUUUUUAUUUUUCUGUAAUUUGUAUUACAGUUUAAAUUUUAAAUUUAGAUUGGGGUGAAUAAAUCCAUCUUUCAAUUCCUAAACUUUGGGAUUCAUAGAUGAUUUAAUUCCCUAAUUUUGUGAAUUUUCCUUGUAUAUUGUUACUGAUGGAUAAGUCAAUAUGUUUGCAUUUGAACAAUAUAGAGUGCCCGAUGUUUAUUUUUGCACAGACUUUUAUAAAAAAAUUAGUUAUGGUAAUGCUUUUUCGAUAUCUUCAGAAAAUACAAAAAGUCUUCUUUGAAGAUUUCAACCAAGGCAUUCGUGUUUUUUAUAUGUGCUUGACAAUAAAAAAAUAAAAUAACAUUUGCUGU